ACUUCAGUCAAGCAAUUUUACUGAAAACUCUAAUUUAAUCCCAUGGCAGAGAAAUUUCUUCUUAAUUCGUUUGCAUCUGUAAUUUAGUUUAAUGGAUGUUGCUGUUUUGGCUGCCCUAUCCCUGACAGCCAAGAGUCAGAUUAUACCCCGAUUGAACGUAUAUAAACGUUCAUCAGUGGAACCAUGUCAUUGUUGGUUGAACCUCAGUCUGAAUCCAAGAAGUGAAGCUUGCUUUAAUCACUUUUUAUGGGUCUUCAAAAAAAAGAGAAUUAUUCAACCAAAUCCCAGAUGGCAACUAUCAUGCCAAGUUCAACAAUGUUUGCCUUACUCUUUGAUUCUUGGGCCUCUUCAUGGGAUUUUGGAUAACAGCCGGGUGCAGAAUCUUCUGAGUGGGCUUCAGGGAAUUCAAUUCCAAGUUCGUGUUACUCUCUUUGACAUCAGUUACCGACACUUCUUUGGUCAAACAUGGAAAAGUCCAACAAAGGCAGUGAAAAAUGUAUCUGGACAAAUGCCCAAAGUGCCAUUUAAUGAGGCCAUUUAUUUUCACACCUCUCUCAAUCAUCCAAACAUUGUUGCUGUUGUGGAGGUUGCGGCUUUGGCACAAAAGAAGGGUUCAUCCGAGCAGACCAUAUCAUGUGGUUUUGGGAUUGUCCGUCUCUUUCCUGGACAGUCAGAUUCAACCCAGCCUGGGAUGAUCAAGCAGGAGAAAAGGUUGAAUCUUUUCCAUGGAACACCAAGAACACUGCUAAAUCCUGAAUUGCUUGAGCCAACUGAACAGAGUAAAUUUCUGACACCGAUUGAAGGAGCUCAUAUAAAGUACUCCUUCUGUCCACAUCCAGCACUGGAACAGGUGAUGCAUCUACUGCCACAGAACCUCCUGGUUAGUGGUAGUGACACAAUCCCAGGAGUGGUUCAGCCUGUGGCAGACAUAGCUGACUGCCUGUGGGAGCCACGUUUGCAGAAAAACAUAUCCUGCUACUUAGACAAGGUUUCCUUAAGCCUAUACCCUACCCUUGAUGUCUUUGAAGAAGAAUUACUCAACCUCCUUAAUGCAGAUAGGCUAACCAGGGAAGACACUGGACCAGAUGGGAAUGCAGUUGUAAUUCAGGAGCGGCGACUACAUGUUGGUGUUCACAAUGGAUGGACAUUUGUGGCCAAGCCACAGGUGGUGGUAGUUGAGCCAGUAGCAGAGGGACUUUCCCGUGGAAGGAGUGGCAGUUUUUCCAAUAGACGAAACUCAGUUACCCAGAGCAGCUCUUCUGGUCAGCAAACAAUGCUGCUGCUAAGAAGCCAGCUUCACCUUAAUGAGAUGGUGAAACAUCCUGCAUUUGUGAUUACCUUUCAACUUGAAUAUGUCUUCUCAACUGUAACAGGUGGCGACAUCAAGGCACUGGCAUCCUCGAAGACCGCCUUUAUGCACUCCAUCCGUUGGGCUGUUUGGAGCCCGUUUGAAAAGCCUGGAAACUCAGAGGUUUGCAUCAGCCUUCAAGGAGGACCCCUGCCCAACCCCAACAAUGUAAUGGUAUACAAGACUUCAGGAGCUGAAUCAAGUACCCCUGGGGUAAAAGCAGUCAAAGGUGGUGUGCUUAAAUUUUAUUUCGCACAGCAAGAAAGACAUCCAGCAAGUCCUGCUCAUGAAAUGUCCCAGCAGAAGAUUACUCAAUCUCCAUCUCAGAGGCGGAUUACUUCUCAGCUCAUGUCUUCUCCACCGGAGACACCACCUGGCCCUGCUCUCUCGAUGUCUCAGCUUUCUACAUCAGCACAGUACCCGAAGGCCAAGGAUACCACGCGAUCUCAAUACAAGCAGCUUCAGCCAACUGCAAAGGACCUUCCUUAUGUAACUAGUAUUGUCCACCUGGAGGCAGACCUGAGUCAAUCUGCCAUUGUGCCGGAACCCUCUGAAGCUGAUCAACUACAAGAGCUUCCUUUUGCUCCUGUUCAUGCUCCUGUCAUUACCUUGGGACCUCAUAUUUCAAGCUCAAGUGCUACUAUGUCCAGGAGGUCUCUGGCACAGUUUCACACUUCUGGCUUUCCUGACAUUCUGGAUUGUCAUAGUGAGAGAGCAGAAGUCACCCACCCAUCUGACCCAGUCAGCUUUGAUCCUCUACAAGAAGAAGGAGACUUUCUUCAGUCUAAUGAGAUUGUCCUGCAGUUUCUUGCUUUCACAAGGCUUCCACAGGAAGGACAACAGAUGGACUGGCCCAAAAGCAUUUAUUUUACCUUCCAGUUUUAUCGAUUCCCUGCAGUAACUACACAGAGGCUUCUCCUUGUGAAGCCAGAUGGGUCAGGCUGUAGCACUGGGGACCACCCACCCUGUGUCCUCCUUCAAGUUAACAAAGAUGGAACAAUUUGCACAGGAUCCCCUGGUUUGCAGUUAAAGUACAUGGUCAACCCCAGCUUCCUGAAGCCAGGAGAAAAACGCUGUUUCAUAGAUUACAUUGCCUUUCACCCACUACAGAUAGAUGCGUGGGAUGCUGAUUCCCUGCUUUUGAUAGGCUCUACAUCUGUCACACUUAAGCACUUACUGCGACAAGGGAGACCAGCAGUGCAAGUGACCCAUGAGUUAGACAUUGUCUCAACUGACUAUGUUCAGGACUUAACAGCCUUCAGAAAUGAUAGCCUACACCAGGCAUCUGUCCAGCCCUACAAUGUGUCUAUCAUUGUCAAGGGGAGACUGAAUCUUCGCUUGGGGAAUGUCGGACAUCUUGCUGAUCACCAGGGAAGUCGUAGUGAUACCCUUCCGCCAUCCACCUCAAGGGUCAUCUCUGCUUAUGAUAGGACCAUCAGCUUUCCAGGGGGAAGUCUGUCAUCUCUUGGGCUCAGUCACUUAAACGCAAAGAACACCUGUCGAGCACGGCGGCUUGCUGACACUGAUGCAGAACUAGCAUCCAUGCUCUCCAGUCGGAUGAAAGAGGCAAAUAUCGCUCUUCAGCACAUAAGCCAAGAAUCAGACAAGAUCCAUCAGAGAAAACUAGAACGGAUGGUGGCUGUGCGGCAGUUAGAGUCAGAUAAAAACCAAAGUGAAGUGAAAUCAUUCAUCAUGACACGCCGAGAAGAACGCAUUCAGCACUUGAAGGACUUGCAGCUAAUUGAAGCCUAUAGAGAACGUAGCAAGACAGAAAAUAUAACCAGCAUGCUGAGUCAUGCCAUUACUACACAGCAUACCAUCUAUGCCUCACUGGGCAAUGCACAGUUUUUUGAGUUUGCCCUGAAAAACCCUUUUAACGUUCAACAUACUAUAACAAUCACCUGCAAAGACCCAGAGCUAAGUGUGAUUGUGGACUCCAGGGAAUGGAGGUACUUUAAGGAAUUGACCAAAACCCUGACACCUUUGGAAGAAGACAUGUUUUAUCUUAAAGGAAACACCCUAUAUCCCCAAGUCUAUCUCCGUCCUAAAGAGACCAUCUACAUACCAUUUAAGUAUCAAAGAUUUUCAGCAGAUCACACAGUCUUAGGCCAGGGGCCAGCAGGUCUUCCAUCUAGUCACAGUACUGAUGUUGCACUGAGGCAGCUGCUGAAAGACGUCCAGCCUAAGAUAAUUAAGAUAUUCUUUAGGACAGAAGAUGAAAAGCCCUUGGCAAUCUGCCAGGUGAAUGUGGAGACUACACCACAUGUUGUAGACCAGACUUUCCGAUUCUACCACCCUGAGCUUACAUUCCUGAAAAAAUCUAUACGCCUGCCACCCUGGCACACCCCACCUGGUGCUCCAGCUGGGAUGUCUGUUGGAGAACCGCAGGUGCAUGUGAGGUGCAGUGACCCGAAUGUCAUUUGCAAAACCCAUGCAAUGCCCCCUGGAGAGCCACAGGAUGUAUUCUUGAAAGUUGCUGCUGGUCCCAGUCCUCAGAUUAAGAAAUUCUUCAUCAUAAUAUACACAGAUCCAUGGAUGGCGGUCCCUUUUCAGAUCUGGCAGUUGUAUGUACACUUUUUGCAGCGUAUGGAUGUCAGCUGUGUUACAGGACAGACAAGCCGACUCUCUCUGGUACUCAGAGGUACUCAGGCUGUGAGGAAAGUCAGGUGCUAUACAUCUCAUCCUCAGGAGCUCCAGACUGAUCCAGCAGAAACCUUUGUUCUUCCACCGGGUGCUGUGCAGGAUCUGCAUGUCAGAGUUUGCCCCCGCCGGGAAGGUAGCAAGUUCAUCUACUUGAAUGUGGUUGAUGUGGAUUAUCAUCAUCUGGUUGCUUCCUGGCUGGUCUGUGUGUCAUCAAGGCAGCCUCUUAUUUCUAAGGCUUUUGAAAUCUCUAUCCCUGUGGGAGGUGGAAAGGGGAGCAACAAGAAAAUUACCUACACAAAUCCAUAUCCCACCAGGAGAGCUUACUUUUUACGCACAAACCGCUCUGAUCUGCUGCAGUUUAAGGAGGAUGCCUUUGAGACUGGAGGAGGGGAGUCAUAUACUAUUGGUCUGCGUUUCGCACCCAGUCAGUGUCCAGGUGUUGAGGAGAUUCUCAUUUAUAUCAAUGAUCAAGAGGAUAAGAAUGAGGAAACCUUCUGCGUCAAGGUCAUCUAUUUCUAAACAGACAACAUUGUGGAACAUUCUUGUCUGGCAUUAAUAUUUCUCACCUUUUUAUCAGAAAAAUCUUUGAUAGAUGAAGGGCAACAUAAUCAAAUUUGCAUUUCUGUUCAUUGGUAGGCGUCAUAUGCCUUAAAGGAGACAUUGAUUAUGUAACCCUUGGUUUACAUUUGUUUUUAUCUGCUUUGCAGCAGGUUUCUGUACUCCCAUAAAACUAUACAGGUAGUUGAGUUGAGUACGGGACUGUGCAAAGGUCUGUUAAAAAUUGCUUGAAUUUACCUGAUUGGUUUUAUUGUAAAUGGUAAUUGUAGCAACUGCUGAAAUAGAGUUGGGGAACUUCAAAUUAUGUUUGCUGAUGACUCUCGGUCAAAAUGAUGUUGUAUGAAAUGCUGUUUUAAUGAUUGAACAAUCAUUUGUACUUGGAUUAUAAGUAUAGUGGAAAUUGAUUCAUUUUAAAGGUCAUAUGAUGCUAGUAAAAUGAAAUUUAAGUAAGUAACAUGAGUAGCGUGUUACCUUGUUACUCUCAGAAUAUUUUCAGACACGUGUAUGAAUAUGUCCAAAUAUGGUACAAAGUCUGAGAGUCAGCUAAUUGUUUCCAAUGUUGUCAAUGCUUACUUAUCUCUGCUCUUAAAAAGGCACUGAAGCCUAACAUCUUCCCUUCUAAACUGACAAUACUAUACUUCUCAGUAAAAUAAAUUCUAAUUAUCAUGACUCAGAGGCUUAUGAGCGGAGGGGCCCUUGCUGUGCAGUUUGCAAGGCAGCUUUAGUGAGAACUUUCUCCUGUCUUGGGGUUUCCUGUUGAUCGGUUUCAGUAAAAUACUGAGAAUGAGACAAAUUUGGAAAAAUAUUUUAUCAUUUUAUUUAUUAAAUAAAGAUAAUCUGACUACAUUUUUAUUAUAUAUAUUUUUUUACACAAAUGCAGGAUAUAACAUGCCCAAUUGUGUAUGUAAUUAAAAAUGCGGAAUACAUUGAAAUUCAGAAGAUUAUAAAUCAAACAAUAUGGCUUUUUCCAUUUUAAACCUUAAAGUAUUUAUAUAUGUAUGCAUGUAAA